UAUGCAGGGAGAGGUGUGAUGUGUUGUUUAGCCAUAUCUAUGGUGAUCUUUUCACAUGUGAAGAUAACAUGUUAUUUUCACAUUUGAAGAUAUCACUUUUUCAUGUUAAGGCUCACCUGGUAUUUCAUUGGCAUUUAUAUAAUAUAUAUUAGCUAUCUAAACUUGUAAAUUUGUUUUUUGUUUUCUUUAGGAUGGGGAAAGACUUCUAACGGCUAGCAAUGAAAAGCUUAUAAGAAUAUUUGACUUGCAAGAUGAAAGCGCAGGUAAGGAAAUUUGUUCUGUUUUUUGCUGCUGCUGUUAAGUACGUUAUUGGAACUUAAUCUUGCGAUUUUGAUGAGACAGUAUUUUGUAGGGUUUUGUUUUCACAAUUUGAAUAGGAAAAUGAAAUUAUUUAAAAAUAAUAAGUUGAGUCAAACAUUCUGAACUUAAAGUUAUUUUUCAAAAAGUCUGAAAUUUUUAUUUUUUCUGGAUAAGCUGGAACAGGCAAAAUGCACAUUUAUCUACUCCAUAUAGGUGAAAUCUUUCGAAAAUAAAGUUAUUUCACAACAGAAGAUACAAAAUUUAUUUUGAAGUGAGCCCUCUCGAUGAGUUGGUUUUUUAUUACUCUUAGGGUAAACUUUGUCAAUAAAAUACAUUUAAAUUGAGAAAAGCAAUGUUAUGGAACAUACCUGUAAAAAAUUGUGUGUUUGUCUAUACUUGAACUGUAUAAUUUUUGUUAUUACAUGAUAAACAUUUAAUUCACUGUGAUUUGAAUUUUCUAUAAUGGGUAUUAAAUUUUGCAUGUUUAAAUUUCGCAAGGAUUUAUAUAAUUCACAAGUUUUUAAUAAAGAUCCAUGAAAUUAAGUGCCAAUAAGGUAAUAUUUUUAAUGUCAAUGUAGGUGACUCAAUCAAGAAGCAUAUAGUUUCAGUCAUUUUUCAGUUUGUUACUCCAAAAGCUAGAGUGACAACUCUACCAGCAGGCAGUCAUAUUUAUUUUGCUUUUAGCACCCUAAUAAUAAUAAUAAUAAUUUACCAAUUUAUAUAGAGCGUAUUUACAUAUGCUGAUCAAUAGCGCUUUACAAUCAUAUGUUUGAAAGAAAACGAAAAUAUAUUACCGUGAGAAUAAAAUAAACUAAGUUACAAACUAUAAAAAUACUUCUUAAAAAGAUAGGUUUUAAGUCGAGAUUUAAAACUGUUAAGUGAUGUUGCUUGACGAAGCUCCACAGGUAGCUCAUUCCAGAGUUUCAGAGCUGCUGCUGAGAAUGAUCUUGCUCCCAAUGUUGUAAGCAUCUUUCCCUUGGGAUGGUCCAAUAAGAGCUUACCAGUAGACCUAAGAUUAUAUAAUGAAUUUGAUUUUAUACUAAUAAGAUCGCUAAGAUAAGUUGGCGCUAGGCCAUAAAUACAUUUGAAAGUCAAAAGGAAAAUCUUAUAGUCAAUACGCAAAGAAACUGGCAGCCAGUGCAGCUAAUAAAGCGCCGGUGUAAUGUGAGAAAACUUUCCAAUGCCAAGAAUAAGUCUUGCUGCUGCAUUUUGUACACGCGGUAAUUUAGCGAUCUGCACAUUUGGUAAGCCAAACAAUAAACCAUUACAAUAGUCAAGACGGCUGGUUAUAAAAGCAUGAACCAAAGUAAUUAAAGAAUCUCUCGACAGGUAUUUCUUAAUACGUCUCAAGUUAUGUAAAUGAUAAAAUGCCGCAUUACAAGCCUUGUUUAUAUGAUCAGUCAUGCUUAAGUUGCUGUCAAACCAAAUCCAAGAUUUCUAACACAUGGGCUUGGACUGAUACGAUUAUUGCCCACAGUUAUGGAACACGAAUCUAAUUUAUCAAGCUGUUGUGGUGUGCCGACUAACAAAAACUCCGUUUUAUCAUCAUUGAUCAUCAACCGAUCUUGAAUCAUCCAUUUCCACCCUAAAACAGUAUUAAAUUAAUCCAAACAUUUUGUGGUGAACACCCCCAUCAUAUUUACCUUUAUAUGGGAGAAAAAGAAAAGAAGAUUAUUUUACUGUCAAUUUCUGCAAGCAUAUGUAAUAAAAUGGAGUAUUGAUUUAAGAGUACGCCAUGAAUAAUAUUUCUUGUACUAGCUUCAAGGAAGCUAAUGAUUUAAUAGAUUAACUAUGGGAGCUCGAAAUAAAUGAUUCAAUAAUCAAGUUUCUUUUUUUUCAGAACCAGACUUAUUCAAAGGCUAUACAGUGAAUAUUAGAGCUGCACUAUGGAGUAAAAACCCUACGUAUAUUAUCAGUGGAGGAGAAGAUAAAGCAAUGAGGUAAUAAGCAUAUUGUAUGCAAAAAAAUAUUGAAUCAAGGCAUCUUGCAAAAUUUAAUUAGGCUCUGCUGUGCAAGGAUUCUUGAAAUCUGUAAAAUACACUAUUCAUCACCCUGUUCAUGUCUACAAUAUACUGGUGUCUGCAACUUUUGUUGUUUUUUUUUUCACAGCUUUAUUGGGUGCUCCGCUAGUGAUAUACAAUAUAAAUUUGUAAUACAACACACACACACACACACACACACACACACACACACACACACACACACACAAAACAAAAAACAACUCCCUGGCUUUGAGAAUGGUUUUGAAAGACACUUCUACAACUUCAAGUCCACAUUACAGAUUUUCAUCUUCUUUGAAUUGAUUGAGGGUCACACUUUCAGUGUUCCAGUUAAUUCUUUCAAGCAGGGGGUCAUGUAGACCAUUUGAGGGGUCACUCAGACCAUGUGCUAAUUUUUUUCAUUGUAUUUAACUUAACAUUUAUUUUUCGGGUUGCUUGAUGAUUACUUCCCAAGAUGUUUGAAACUCUGAGUGGCAAUAAAUGUUCAAGGUCUAAUCCAGUUCCGUCAGUUUACUUGUAUUCUGCUCUGGUUCAACUGUUGAGCACUCUUAUAGUCAAUGAGGACAUCAUUCUGGUACUUUGUUAUAACUAAACAUUUGUAUUUCAUCUGUUGGGUCAGGAAGCCUUCUUUAUCAGGUCAUUGACCCGAGACCUGUCUCUUAUCACUGCACUUUCUGUUCCAUGGUCGCUCUUCAACUAAUGCUUUUUGUUAAACUUGUGUAUAGGCUUUGGGAUACAAGAAGUAUGAAAGAGGUUAAGACCAUUGAUUUGCCACAGAGUGUUACAAGCAUGGUUUUAUCAAAGGAUGGCAAUGUACUCAUUGCCACAUAUGGGAAAACAAUAUCAUUUUGGGAUCCAGAAAGGUGAGGUAAAAGCAGGUGAAACAAAGGACCUCAAGCCUCUUCUAAGACAACAAUACAAUUCCCACUUUUAUAAUAUGUACACCUUAAUAUUCUUGGACAAGCAGCUGUCACAUUUUGCUUGCCUGGCCAAGGCCACUUCUUGCUCGCCGUAGUUAAUUAUUUUGUCACAGGAGGACUUGUCUGGGUUCAGUGCCGGUUCCUUAAUUUCACACUAUUUACAGAGAAUAACAUAGAAAGAAAAAUAUGUUAUGUACAAUAGAUGAUUACAAAAAUAAAAUAAUCACAGUAGGGGUUAUAAAAAUUUGUAUGUGUGUGGAGAUUAAAGUAGCAAAAGCUUUCCAGUUGACCACCGCCUACUUUCAAAUGAAACGAAGAAAUGACACUGAGCUCUAGUAGAGAAUGUUUGUAGAGCCCAGGACUAAAUCUAGCUGCUCAGAUGUCAUUCUGGCUCUUGAAGUCAUUACCGCCUCACAGAGCCACUCACUUCAUGGGCAAGAAAGUUUUAAAAGUUACUUGCCCAGCAAGAAAAUCUACUAGUCCUGGACUAACGGAUGGGACUUCUUUCAAGCUCUGUUAGUGAAUACAUCAUUCUGCAUCCUCUACAGCAAUUUUAUUAUUUUUUUCUUCGUCUGACUGGUGUCCGUGCUCCAAUUCAAUGGUACUCUAUUACUUAUUUCUUUAAUAUUUAUUUAUUCAAUUAUUUUUAUGUCUACUUUUCAUGUUUAGAAUGGAACAGAUCAAGUCUUUCGAGGCUCCUACAGCAAUAUUUUCAGCCUCACUCCACCCCAGUAAGUCUUGUUUUGUAGCAGGAGGAGAUGACUUCAAGCUUUAUAAGUUUGAUUAUGAAGAUGGAAAGGAACUAGGUAAGGCAAUCAAGAGACAAAAUAACAAUAUACAUUUCUUUGUUCUGAAAUAGUUUGCUAGCCAUUUUGAUCAUAUUUUUUUAACGAUUCACUUAUUAACCAAUACUGUAUUUUAUUAUAUAGACACGAGUGUUUUACUGGAAAAUAUACCACUCGUAAAAUUAAUAAAAACUACAUCUGGGACCCGAGUGGUUUAUUUUCCAUAAUCUCACACGUGAGUUUAUCGAUGACGUAAUUUCAGUCAUUUCCAUCUAUUAUUUUAUCGAUGUCUUUUUGUCUCGUGGCAAAAACAAUAAUUUACUCACUCGCUGCGCUCGUUUGUAAAAUAUUGUUUUUGCCACUCGAAAAUAAAAUUCAUAUCUUUGUGCCACUGUGUAAUAUCCUCUGUGCACUUCUGGUGACCAUUAAAUAAUAUUUAAGGUUGACAUAAGGUGACUUUGGUAAAAGUUGAGCUUUGAGCACUGCUGGGGAAUAUUUCUGAGCCACCGAGGGAUAGACUGUGUUGCAGGCAUAAUGUAACCCCAGCUAGUAACGUCUGAGAAACAGCACCAUUCUCAACCCCCCACAAACUACACUGUGUUUUGUGCAUUACGAAUUUCCCAUUUAAAAGAAUGUCUUUGUUAACAGGAUCAAUCAUAGCACAUACUCAAAUCCUGUUACACAACUGGGGGCCGAGAACAAGGAUUUUGGCUUAACCAUGCCCCAGGUGUUCCAAAGAAGGAUAGCUCUUUCCACUUGAUAAAUCUUAAAUACUUAUCCCCUGUAUAGUGUUUUAUCUGGUGGAUAGUGCUAUCCAACCUUUAAACAACUGGGGCCUGAGCUUUAGUAUUAUCUGUGGUACAGGCUACACUGAGGGUGACGUCUCAAUUUAGGUUUGACUCUCUGAACAAAGCCACUCAUUUGACAACUCUUUAUAAUAUAUUAUCAUUCAAAGCAAAUUUUUCUUUCUUUUCAUUGGCCGAGAGCCCACCACGUGACCUACAAAUAACUGCCUACAAAUAAUGGUCUGCUCAUGCGCAAUGCCGUCCAACUGUGUUUGGCUGCAAAUAAUAUUCUGCACAUGUGUAAAGGAAAUGGCAGAUCGCUUCACUUCCCGAGGAUAUUCAUUAAAAAAACAAACUUGGUGAUCGAAUGAUAAAACAAUUAUUGCACUUGUUUUUUUCAGAAUCGUACAAAGGACACUUUGGUCCUGUACAUUGUGUAAGAUAUUCGCCAGAUGGAGAACUUUAUGCUUCUGGCUCUGAAGAUGGCACAUUGCGCCUGUGGCAAAACACUGUUGGCAAGACUUAUGGACUCUGGAGAGCAGUUAACAAUGGUGUAGCAGCAGAUGGAACAAAUUCAUGA